GUGAGAUUCUUUUUCAUAAAUAAAGCUCAUGUAAAAGUGAGUUUGUAAAGGACAGAGCUGUGUUCCCUACUAAUGAAAUUUUAUUCUGUUCUCACAGAUUUCUGAAGUUGAGAAUGCUGGCUAGAAAUGACUCCUUAGUGACUGAAUUUAUUCUUGCUGGAUUAACAGACCGUUCAGAGCUCCAGCAACCCCUCUUUCACCUAUUUCUAGUGAUAUUUGUUGUCACCAUGGUGAGCAACCUGGGCUUGAUCAUUCUUAUUGGUCUAAAUUCUCACCUCCACACCCCCAUGUACUAUUUCCUCUUCAACCUGUCCUUCAUUGAUCUCUGUUACUCUUCUGUUUUCACCCCCAAGAUGCUGAUGAACUUUAUGUUCAGGGAGAAUACCAUCUCGUAUGUGGGGUGCAUGACUCAGCUGUUUUUCUUUCUCUUUUUUGUCAUCUCUGAGUGCUAUAUGUUGACCUCAAUGGCCUAUGAUCGUUAUGUGGCCAUCUGUAACCCCUUGCUGUAUACGGUCUCCAUGUCCCAUCAGGUCUGUUUGGUGCUCUCUUUGGCUGCAUAUGUGAUGGGGUUUGCUGGAGCGUCUGCACACACAGGGUGCAUGCUUAGACUAACCUUCUGCAAUGUGAAUGUCAUCAACCAUUACUUGUGUGACAUCCUCCCACUCCUCCAACUCUCUUGUACCAGCACCUAUGUCAAUGAGGUGGUAGUUCUCAUUGUCGUGGGUAUUAACAUCACAGUACCCAGUUUCACCAUCCUAAUUUCUUACCUCUUCAUCCUCACCAACAUUCUUCAUAUCAAAUCUUCUCAAGGAAGAUCGAAAGCCUUUAGUACCUGUAGCUCCCACAUGAUUGCUCUUUCUCUUUUUUUUGGUUCAGCGGCAUUCAUGUACCUUAAAUAUUCUUCUCCCAGUUCUAUGGAGCAGGGAAAAAUUUCUUCUGUCUUCUAUACUAAUGUGGUGCCCAUGCUCAAUCCUUUGAUUUAUAGUUUGAGAAACAAAGAUGUAAAAGUUGCACUGAGGAGAUUCGUAUUUAAAAUCCAGAGGAUAAACAUGUUCUAA